UAGCUGGGGCCCUCACCUGCUGUUCCUUAGUUUCAGUUGCUUUCAGUCAGUUGGAUAGAGCUGCAAAACUACCAGUUCUUACCUAUAGAACCUGUUGAUCGUUUGGUCUUUCUGAACUCCUGAAUCUUUGUAUUGUGCAAUAUCCCUGGAUUAAAGAACCACCUGAUUAUCAAGCAGUGUUUUAUUGAGUAAACUCUCUGCCAUCAAUAUAUCUCAGCAAAUUUACGCCGUCCAAACGAGCGAGGGUCUCGGGAAGGGUAUCUUCUGCAUAAAUCGUGUUGGUGACAGAAUAGUAAGAACUGAGUAUCAUCCAGCAAGAUCCAUAAUCCAAUCUCUGCAGUCGGAUUAUAAUCUCUGGAGAAACUUGUGAGCCCAUCCACAAUCUACUCCGAGGUAACUCAAACAGCCCUCAAGCCACGUGCCUGCUACACUACAAACUGUAAGUACAGCAGAAACUUCCAGAGAACUGUAUCGUGUAGUGAAGAAUCAGCAUUUUCAGGAUUGUGCAGCGUGAAUCUGCUAUCAAGUUUAUUAUCCCAGCAGCCUUGUGUCUAUGCAUUGUGGGCAAUUAGCCGAUCUGCUAGCAAGUUGUAUUUCUGUGAUAUCUGGGUGCAUGGUGAAGAUCAGUACUGUCUGCUACCUGUUGUAUCCCGGGAUUUUACAAGUGUGUGUUGAACUGUACCGACAUUAAGAGCAGCACAUGUCUAAGAUCCAGCAUCACACAUCUGAGGAAUGUCUGGACUAGUCUCAGAGAUCUCUCCAGCAUAGAUUGUGUUUCCCAAUAUCUGACUCUGCAAUCAGCUUAACUGUUUAGCUACCAGCUCUAUAGUCUGAAUUGGACUGCUGAAGAGCAUCUUGCUAAUUCACUGAGUGAUUUGUCAGAAAUGGAUCCCUCACCAGAAACAGAGGAAUCUAUACCCGUUACUGCUGAAGCAGCUGACAUACUAGAAUCGGAACUGAUCGCUAAACGCAGAAUCAAACCAUCUGUUAAACGCAUAGAAACGUAUGAGGCACGAAAGGAUGAAAUUAAUGAUGGUCUGUCUAACCUAUGGAAUAAAACAGAUCACUGCAUAACCGUCGCUGAUGAGACAGGCAAUACUAGACUGCAACUCACUGAUGCACUAAUAAGACUAAAGACUGCUUAUUCUAACUAUAAGAGACUUGCAGAGAAAUAUUCUUCUUUCUUGUCCAAUGCCCGUAUGAAAGAAGCAAUACAAGAGCUGAAUGCCUUUACUAUCAUGGACCAGCAGAGACUAAUUACUUUCCUGCAAACAACAACCAGGCUGGAGACCAGAAUUGCACAGUUACAGGAUAAUGCAUCCAAGGCCUCCACUUCCUCUAGAAGGUCUAAAGGACCAUCUAGAUCACUGCAUUCCAUUUCACAGAAAUCAUCCCUAAGCAGCCAGAUAAUAAGGGCCAGAGCAGAAGCGGAGGCAGCCAAGGUCCAAGCUCAAUGCAUCAAAAGGGAAGCGGCGCUCAAGGCACAUAUAGCAAACACUCAAGCAGAGGCCGCUCACAAGCAGGCGGAAGCAGAAGCACAGCUGGAAGUCCUCCAGAAGGAAAGAGAGGCAGCAGUAGCCGUCGCAAAACUAAAUGUUCUAGAACAAGCCUUUAAAGAGGAAGAGCUGGAAGUGGAUCGUCCUUGUCUGACAACCCCAGCAGACCCAGUCAUGAGAACUUUACGGUUUGUCUUAGAUCAAGAAGUCAGAGGAAUGACCUUUCCUACAAUCGUAGACCCUGCAUACAUUUCUCCAGGGCAUCGAAUCGAAGAUCUUGUGUUUUGUUCCAGAGAAGCUCAAACAACUGAAUUAGCCAACCCGCACACCCACCAAACUAAAGGGUCCAGUGAACCAGCUUAUGCUACAGGACACACCCUUAGAGAUGAAGCGGAAACAAAACCUACCCCUGGAUCCUAUACAAGGCAGCCUUCAUCUUCUCCAAACACAAAAUCUUUGUCCGGACUAAACCCAUCUGCAGCACCUUUCCCCCCUCCAUACCAACCGUGUGUGCUUGCCACAACUCCUAAGGUUGAAGUACCAGAAGUAAGAGCUCAUAUGAAAACGGAAAGGACUGAUAUGUCUGAAUUCGCCAAAUACAUGAUUCGACGUGAGCUCCUCAUCACUGGACUCACAGAAUUCGACGAUCGUCCAGAGCACUAUAGAAGUUGGAGAGCCACGUUCAGAGCAGCAAUAAAGAACCUGGACAUCGAACCUAUGGGAGAACUUGAUUUGUUAAUCAAAUGGCUUGGGCCUAGAUCAAAAGAACAAGCUCGGUUGCUCAAGUCUGUUAACAUUGAGGCACCAGCCAGGGGACUUAUUCAGGUGUGGGAAAGACUAGAGCGAGAUUAUGGCAGUCCCGAAGUCAUUGAACGUACUUUGCUCAAUAAAUUCUACAACUUUCCAAGCUUUUCCAACAAAGAUAACCGCAAACUCCAAGAGCUAAGUGACUUUCUCCUUGAAUUGGAAACAGCAAUGUCAGACCCACAUCUUCCAGGGCUCUGCUGCCUGGACACUGCUUAUGGAUUGUAUCCAAUCACAGAAAAACUGCCUCAUUAUCUUAAAGAUAAAUGGAAUAUGGUAGGCGCAGAGUACAAGUCACUUCAUCAUGUUCUCUUUCCUCCCUUUUCCUUUUUCUGUGAGUUCAUCAGGAAAAUGGCUAUAGCCAAAAAUGACCCAAGUUUCCUACCUCCAGACCAAACCCAAUUUAUUACAGAACCUGCUACGUGGGAUAUAGCAGGACCGCGCAAGGAUCUCAGGAAAACCGUCUCUGUCAGGAAGACUGGGUUUUCCUCCAGUAAACCAAUAGUCACUCCAGAACCAAGGAAGGGGAAACCUACUGAUCUUGAUCCUAAUCUAUCCUGCCCUAUCCACAACAAACCACAUCCACUAAGAAAGUGUCGUGUGUUCAGAGAAAAGCCCUUUGAGGAGCGAAAGACAUUCUUGAAAGAUCAUAACAUUUGCUAUAGGUGUUGUGCGUCCAGCGAGCAUUUUGCCAAGGACUGUAAAGCCGCUAUUACGUGUUCUGAAUGUAACAGUGACAAACACGUGACAGCCAACCAUUCAAGGCCCAAAAGGCAAGCUCCUUCCAAUGGUGACUUCCACAACUCCUCACGGAAUUACGGCGGGGAGAAUGCUGAGGAACAGACUAAUCCUGUGGCCACCAAGUGUACUGAAGUCUGUGGCAAGGAAUUGUGCGGAAGAUCUUGUGCUAAGAUAUGUCUGGUCAAGGUUGCUCCCGUUGGGCAUCCAGAAAAGGCCGUAAAAAUGUACGCUAUCUUAGAUGACCAGAGCAACAGGUCACUAGCAAGUCCCAAGUUCUUCAAGUGCUUCAACAUCCAAAGCAAAGCUCAUCCCUACACCCUACGCACAUGCGCUGGCCAAAUAAGUGUAUCAGGGAGAACAGCUUGUGGAUUUCAGAUAGCACCUAUUGACAAUGAUGACUACAAACCUCUCCCCACGCUUAUUGAAUGUGCUCAACUGCCAGACAACAGGGAAGAGAUCCCCACUCCAAAUGCUGCACAGCAUCAACCGCAUCUUAAGGGCAUAGCGGACAAGAUACCUGCCCUAGAUGAGAGUGCUGAAAUUCUAAUUCUUUUGGGAAGAGAUAUACCAAGCGUUCACAAGGUGCAAGAACAAACCAGUGGACCAAGUGAUGCCCCUUAUGCCCAGAAGCUUGAGUUGGGCUGGGUUCUAAUUGGUGAAGUUUGCUUAGACAGGGUUAGAAAACCCUAUAAAGUUAAUACCUGCAAAACAAACCUGAUGGAGAACAGAGGUGAGCUCUUUGGGAAAUCAUGCUCAUGUCAUUAUCAGAUAAAACCUAAACCCAACACGAACCUACAGAUCAUAUGUGGAUCAGAAGAGGACAUUUGUUACAAGUCCUUAUCUCCUAACUUCAGUGGCGACGUGUACAACUUCUUGCAAAUCGUUUCUGGGGAAGGUGGAGGAAAGAAUAUGUAUGCCUAUUGCAAGGACGUCGCAAAUGGCAGGAACAGAAACCCAAUUUACAAGAGGGUGAUCUAG